CCCCAGCGUUUGGGGAUAUUUUGCGCGUGUUUGGAGGCUCAACUGGAUACUAGAAAUGACUUGGCGGUGUUUGCUUGCGCUAUUAACGUAUCUGAUCAUCGCUGUACAUAGCGAUCCCAAUGCAGAGGGGCGAAAGUGGACCUACACGGGACCUGAUGGAGAGCUUUACUGGGACAAAAAUUUCCCGUAUUGUGGUGGAGUGCACCAGUCCCCUAUUGACAUACGCAGUGAUGUGGUGCAGUACGACGCCUCCCUGCAGCCAGUUGAACUUCUCUACUAUGAUGUGUCUGGGGCCUCAAUGCUGAGCCUGAAAAACAAUGGGCAUUCAGUCGAAUUGUCUCUGCCAUCCAGCAUGUGCAUCGGAGGUCUGCCCUACCGUUACUCUGCAGCUCAGCUACACCUGCACUGGGGGAGCACUAUGCAGCCAUGGGGCUCGGAGCACACCAUCAAUGGCAAGCGCUUUGCAGCAGAGCUACACAUCGUGCAUUUCAAUUCCGACAAGUAUGCAGACCUGACGACAGCUGCUGACAAAGCAGAUGGCCUGGCAGUGCUUGGUGUAUUCAUCAAGGUUGGUCAGUUCAGUCCAGCAUUUAACAGAAUUUUGAAGCACUUGAGUAGUGUGAAAUUUAGAGAUCAGGUUAUUCAAGUGUUGCCAUUUGAUAUCCGGGACCUCCUUCCUGAGAAGCUCAAUGAAUAUUACCGUUAUGAUGGCUCUCUAACAACACCCCCCUGCUAUCCCAGUGUUCUGUGGACCAUCUUCAGACAGCCAGUUGAGAUCUCUUCAGAGCAGCUGAACAUGUUGGUGUCAAAGUUGUAUUGCAACAAUUUCCAAGAGACAGUACCAGUAAUGAUGGUCGAUAACUUUAGGCACACCAAGGAUGUGAAUCGAAGACGGGUCUCUGCUUCUUUCCGUGAAGGUAUGCUGCUGUCCAUUAUCGUAGCAGCUUUACUUGGGGUUGCUCUCAUCAUUGCACUGACCUGUUUUGUGAUACGACAGAAAAGAAGAAAGGCUGCAGAGCACAAGAUGAAAGAAGUCGUCUAUAAACCCGCUGCCCGACGAGAAGGGGACACUUCCAAAGUGUAGCAUGAAAAGAGGAGCUUGAUGUGGCCCCCAGUGCUCUUUGGAAACUUGAGGAUUUAAAGGAAAUCCUUUACCCCAAGAUCUCAAGUUGCACAAAUUUUUAGAAAGCCUUUUAACUUUGUGUUCUGCAUGAUCUCUGGACAUUUUAGUGGUAACUGGAAAUGUGGGCAGGACACGUCGAUUCUACCUCAUCUGUUCCAGAUUUCCAAAGUCCAAUAGUGAAGGUCUGGCUGGGGGACACCAGCUCUACUGUUGAACUUAGAAAUGCCUGCUUGGUGGCACUGCAUUAAUGUGGAAAGAACGGGUACAGUAACUCCAGUAAGGAAUGCAAAUUUUUAUAGGAAACGUCAAAAUUUUAAUCCAAAUACUUAAAUCCCUUAUGCAGGCAUGGACAAAGGGCAUCUGAGUGAUGGCAUGACCUUGAAGGGUGUCCACGUUGACCAGAACCUUCAGAUUUUAUUAAAGUGGUGCUGUAUUGUGUUAUGUAAAGACGUGUUUGUGUUUUUUAUAUUGAUGGCAGUUUUAGGAUUAUGGAUUUGAUUUUCUCCUGUUAAGCGGGAAUGGUCUCCUUUUAUAAAAAGUUCAUUCACAAGUAAUGAAGGAAGGGUGAAACUGUAAUCUUGUUCUGUUUUUUUUUUUUUUUUUUAAAAAAAAGUUACUUGGGUUACAACUUGACACCUUUUUUUUAAAAUUCUUGCCUGCUGAGUGUGUAUUUGUCAAGAUUUGUAAAUAUCUUAUCUUUUAGUGCAAGGAACUUCUAAUAAAUGAA